AUGUCAUCAGACAUUCCUCCACGAAAACUAACAGUUUACAAACUGCUGCCAAUCAGACUCAGUACAGCCAGCGGAAUACCAGAUUUUCGUUCCCCAGGCUCAGGUCUCUACAGCAACCUAGAAAAGUACAACUUACCCUAUCCGGAGGCCAUAUUCGAUCUGUCCUACUUCCAUGAGAACCCCAAACCUUUCCUCACACUCGCCCAAGAACUGUAUCCCGGUGCAAAAUAUGUGCCCAAUAUCGGACACUAUUUUGUUAAAUUGUUGGAGAAUAAAAAGAAACUUCUUCGUGUUUUCACUCAGAAUAUAGAUGGAUUGGAAAGGUUGGCCGGAGUAAGUGACGAGUAUCUAGUUGAAGCACAUGGCUCAUUUGUGACUGCCUCUUGUACAAAAUGCAAACGACAGGUAGAUGGACAGUUAGUCAAACAACAAAUCAUGAACAACGAGAUACCCGAGUGUGUGUCUUGUAGAAAUCUAGUCAAACCCGAUAUUGUGUUCUUCGGAGAACAGUUGCCGGAACGCUACAUGGAACUGAGUAUGAACGACCCGUUCCUAGCCGAUUUUCUUAUUGUGAUUGGAACUUCCCUCCAAGUUUAUCCCUUUGCAGGGUUGGCUGAUAUGGUGCCGUCAAAUGUUACACGAUUGCUGAUCAAUCGUGAAACGGUCGGAUCGUUUGGCAUGCGUGAUAAUGAUUUAGUUCUGAACGGGGAUAUAACAGGUAUAUCUCUGCUUAUCAGAGAAACAGAAUCCACAAAAAAGUCAUUGAAUUCAUCAGAAGUGACAUCAACAGGAGUCUGGGAUCUGGCCGCAUUAUUAGCACUGCCGUUUUUAAUCUAUGUUUACAGGGUGAAAUUGGUAUCGUUAUCCGACGCUCUAUCGCAUGGCUUGAACAUAGGCUACAUUCAAAAUGUAGCCACACAGUUGCUGUGCAAUGAACCAGUAAAUAAUGAACAUCUUAAUAUUCAAUCGAGGCCAUUAGAAAGUAUAGCGGAAGUUGUGGAUGAAAUUUCAUCUUAUCCCAUUCACCCCGAAGAAAUUAAUUUUAGACAUCAUUUUCUUGCUAAUAAAAACGGCAGAAAGAAUGUGAGUUGUGUGGUCAAGAAAACUGCCAAAGUGCCUCCUUCGAGUACAGUGACUUCAUUUUCGGCUCUUCCCGGGAGCUCCACGACUCUAACCGAAGCAUACCAGAAUGCUAUCUGUGAUACAGACACAGAUGUGGAUUGUGAUGGCGUUAAUGAGACCAGCGUUGCAGAAAUCAGCGAUAAUCCCUACACAUCCGAGUCCGAGAUUGGAUUUGUUAAUACUAAACCGGUGAAUGGUAAUAAUCGUGUGAUAAAAAUUGAAUCAUGCUCGGGGACUUCAGGAAUUGUCACGUCCGAUGAACAUGUCUCAGAGAGUUCUUCGCCUCUAAUAGGCGUUUCCGAAAGCAACAAUAGCGAUUCAUCUGUCCAAUCCUGUACUGAUAAGGCUAGAAGAAAAGGUGGUUGGCCAAAGGGACGCAAAAGGAAGCCAGAGCUAUACGAGCACAGACCCCCUAAAGCCCCUUCAACAGGAUAUGUAUUCUAUUUAAAUGAGAAGAGGAAACUACUCAAGAAUGUCCCAUUCUCAGAGGUUACCAAACUACUAGGUAACGAGUGGUCGAGACUAGGUUUGGAGGAGAAGCGGGCCUAUCUCCAGAGUGCCGAAGACGAUAAAAAGCGCUAUCAAAAAGAGUUGAGGCUUUAUAGGAAAACUGAGGCCUACCAGUCUUACCGUCGGAAAAGACUCAACAGCAUUUGCUUCCCAGCAAAUGGGACGGAAGAAUCAGAUGUGGAUGCAACUGAUGAGUUGGAUGAGGAGGACAAUGAAGAGCUUUACUGCAGAGUUUGCAACCAAUGGUUCGUAACAAUGCAUAAUAAAAGGGAACAUCUCCAUGGCACUAAACAUUUUCAAAAUAUAUCGCUGUUCGAGGCGAAUUUACAGGGCCGCAUGUCUUCUUCAUUUGAUGAGUCCAGCUUGGACGGAGCACCUCUCAGCAAAUCCAGGAAGGUCACCACCAAUGAGACAACUACAAUGGCUGAUGCCAUUGCCAAAGUCUACCAGUUACACUCUGAUCGGGAAAAAGAAGUAGCUUACCUCAAACAGCGAAUGACAGAGCAAACUAAUCAAAAACUUGAGCUUAUCAGAAUAAUGCAACAUCUGAAGGCAGAAGAAGAAAGACUCAAAAUAAAAUUGGAUUCUCAAAACAGAGUCAGGGAAGAGACUGAGGAUAGAAUUAGUAAAUUAUAUGUAAUUCUGAAUUACAUGUGCAUGAUCGUAAGUUAGCAAUAUUAGAACGAAUGUAAGUAAUGCUGUAUAUGAUUGUAAUUAUUAAUUAGAAAUUAUUUGAAGAAAUUAUAGGUGUUACCGUCACGAGAAGAAGCCCGGUUGCAAUUAUAUCGCUGCAAAUUUCACAUUUUUCUUGUGACUGAACUAUUUGAUUAGUUUGAAUGUAAGAUUGUACAGGGUGGACCAAGGGAAACGAACGAGCAGUACUUGGCGUCUGGUGGAGGGGGAAACGCGCCGUCAAGGUCACUCGAUUUCCCAUCUGCCUAUUAUUAGUGGCUAUUAUGCCACUGCGAUCGAAAGAUCAUCGUGUGUUUGCAUACGAAACAUUUAUAACAAGUGGUGAAUCAGUAUUUGAAACUAAAAUUGCAAAGCCAAUAAUGAAAGUUCUGCUUAUUAACAAUCCCUAUUCAGAUUGAGAUGAGAUUCAUCAGUCAUUAACACCGUCAAUUUCUUCAUCAUCAGACGUCGACGUGGUUGAUAGUCCACUGGUUUCAACUUUUGGGUAAUGAUUCACCACUUUUUAUAAAUGUGUCAAAUGCAAAUACGUGAUGAUCUUUCGACUACAGCGGUAUAAUAGUGAUUGAAUGGCAGGUGGUGGGGAGCCGAGUGACCGUGACGCGUUUCCCCCUCCACCAGACGCCAAGUACUGCGCGUUUCCAAACCAUCUGUUUCUCGUGGUCAUCCCUGCAUGUAAUGUUGUUUAUGGUUUUAAAUAACAUCUCGUGAGCGUCAAGAUGCAUUAUUGAAUAGAUUAGUCUGUUUCUUGUAAGGUGCUUCAUUUAGACAUAUUAGCUCUGGUGUCCCAUAAGAGUAAUGUUAUUUCCGUAUUUUACUAUCGGAGGGUUCCGUUUUACGGUCGGUAAUCUUAGGUUCUUAAUAAUAAUAUUCGUAUGGCUUUUAUUAGUGGGAAGUUCCUGACGGAAGUUCCACCUCGCCUGAAUAUAUCUUUUGAGCCGUCAAUGGGCCUUACCUCUGUCAUACUUCAGCCGGGACCGACAACUAACGUGCCCAUCCGAUAACACGGGUAGUGAAUCAAGAUUGCAAGAUCAAAUCUUUCAUAAGAAUCAGUUUUGGACUAUUUUUUACGUCUUGUUCAAGUUCUAUUAAUUCUUUCUUACUUAAAUAUAUAAUUUGAGCCGUCAAUGGGCCUUACAACUGUCAUACUUCAGCCGGGACCGACAAUUUAACGUGAUCAUCCGAUAACACGGGAUAGGUUCUCGAUAGUGAAUCAAAAGAAUUAAAAGAUCAAAUCUUUCAUAAAAAUCAGUUUUGGACUAUUUUUUACGUCUUGUUCAAGUUUUAUAAAUAUACUUUGGACUGGAUCAAAAUGAAAGGUGUUUUGAAAAAUAAUUUUCAUGAACGCUUGAUAUUUGUGACGCGGCAGUGUCAUGUUGUAGUCGUUUUUUUCUAUUAUAAUGAUAAAGGAAAGAAUUGACUUGAUAACCUAAACACGUACGGGAUAGGAAAUUCAUGAAUGACGCAUCAUCAUCUCUGAAGUACUGAAAUUUUGCAUAUCGAUUCUUAAUUUACCAUUGAUGGUUUUAGGCAUAUUUUAAAUUAUUCAAGAUUCCAGUACGUCAAAUUUUCAGUUUGUCAAGUAUUUAAUAAGACCCUUGCGGAGCACGGGCUACCAGCUUAUAUGAGAGAAUGUAGAGAAUGUAAUAAAUUAAGAAUGUGCUUCUUCUGGGUAGGAAAUACACAAAUCAUCAUCAUCAUUACGUCAGAACUACUGAACUAAUCAACUUGAAAUUCUGCAUGUACAUUCUCAAUUUACCGAGGAUGGUUAUAGGCAUAUUUUCAGUUCAUCAAGUUUUCAAUUCGGCAUGCUUCCAGUUAGCUAUACUUUGCUUGAGUUUGGUCAUAGGUAAAAUAGUGUAUUCAUCUGUCUUAUCUUCUAACUUCUUAUUUUUCUUCUAUCUAUAUCUUAUUCUCCUAUAACUAUUUAAAGGAAGGAAUAGGCUUAUACAUGUACGGUAUAUUAAAUACAUGUUUGAUGUAUCAUCGCUUCUGAACUACUGAAUUGAUAAACUUGAUAUUUUGUAUAAAGAUACUUGAUUCAGCGAGGAUGGUUACAGGCCUAUUUUUAUUUCUGUUUAUCAAUUAAUUAUAAUUUUAGUAAUUACUACAAUUUCAUUCAAUGUGUGAUGAACCUAAAAAGAUCAAAUCUGAAAAAUAACAUUGCUCUCAUGGGAUAAUAUGUAUGUGAUUAGGGUCAUGACUUCUGGUCCGUCCAAACUCUACUAUACCGUAUUCUUAAUUGUAAAGGGAUUUGAUUGAAAGACAUAUAAUGCGCCAUCUACGUUCAAAGCUAAUCCACGAUUACAAGAAGGUAUGAUUGCAUUCAUUGUAAUGUGUUCCAUUCCGGGUUUAAACGAUCAGUUGAUCUUUCUUCGUUUAAACUGAGAUUGUGCAUGGCCCUUACAAUGUAAACGUUAUCGAUUUCAUUUAUCGCUCUUGGCAGAUUGUGCCAAAUGAAGCCUGAAUGGAAAAAUCAAACCUAAUUGAGAUUUUUUAUUUUAGAAUAAUAUUUACAAUUUUAAACUGCGUUUACAUUAAAGUUCUCAACAGAAUGAUGUCUAGAAAUAGUUGUAGAAUAAUUUUUGUAGAAACACAAGUUGUUGUAGAGCAACAAAGUUGUCAAUUUUUGCUCAGAGAGCAUAGAUGGCGUGGAAUUGUGUAGGGGAACAUUUUUUUGGCAACUUUCUCAGUUCCCCUCACUGAAUAGGAAAUGAAAAUUUUGUUGAAAACUAGGAUUUCCACAAGUUGACAACAUGUCGCUGAGUUUUUCUUUUAGAAAUUGACAACAACUUGCCACAUUUUUUAAAAACUCAGUUGACAACUUUGGUGAAAAUGUGGCUUAAGAAAUAAUCAAUUUCAAUUAUUUUAAUUCCAGAAAGGAUGGUCUAGUUCAUGAAUUGAUAUUAUUUAUUUAAUAAUGUGUACAGAAGUGGUUGAUAUUGGAGUUUAAUAUUGUUGUUAUUUAUAUUAGUUUUAAUAUCGUUAUUAGAAAUUUUGUAUGAGCUAUUAUUACUUUGAUCUACUACUACAGAAAAUUAAUAAUAAUGGAACUAUAGUUUUAAGCUUUACUCAGAUUUCAUUCAUCAGCUUUAUUAAUUGAUAUUUAUCCAGUUGAACUAUCUAGAGCGAAUCAUUCUAAUAUUCAUUAAUUUAUUCUUAUUUAUUCCUUACAACAUUGCAAAAAAAAAAACAAUUCACUAUAAUAUGUUCUCUGUAAUAAUAAAACUACAAAAUAAAACAUCAGGAGCUACUUUUCCAAAGAGCAGACUCGAGCUUGGGGACAGGGAAUGUAGAGACGGAAUGCUACUAGCGGCCAGUGCUAUUCAUCACGUCACCUCAUCAAUUUUAAAUUUGAAAGAUGUUUGGUGGAAAGUGACGUAAUCAAGAGCAUUGACUGCCAGUAACUUUCUUUUUCUACUUUCCCUGUUAUAAGCUGCUGAAGAAAGAAAUUUGAGUAUAGUACGCAAGGAAAGUGAGAUAUAUGCUUAUCCGUCUAGAUUACUAUUGUUAUUUACAUCAGUUUUGAUAUCGUUCUCAGAAAUUUCAGUACGUCAAUAACAUGAUACUCAUGAUUACUCAUCAGCAUAUCAUCAGUUAUUAUCUUCAUCAUCAGAUAUGAACUGUUACUCACUUUUCGUUGUUUGGAACCCAUCUCAAACUGUAAUUUUAUUCAUUUUUCAUCAUUGCCAACAGUCACGCGCAAGUCUAGAACAAUGUAGUCAUAGUCAAGUGUAAUAAUCAAUUAUCUCAUAAUCAGGCAAGGUAAUUAGAAAAGUAUAUUUAAUUAGCAUAACUAAUAGCUGAUCUAAAUCUGUUUUAAAAUAUUUUGGCAGCAGUCAGCUCCAGAUGUAACACGGAAAUCCUAUUCUGCACAUGCUGUCAAGUUUAUGCGAAACAUUAAUCCCUCACACAACCCUGGUUCUAGUCAGUUUGGUUUAUUUUUUUAGCCCAGUUCAAGUUAUUAUAAAGAUACUAUCAUCCUUCUUGAAGGUAAUUUGAUUAAAGUUGAGUAUCUAAUAUGUUUUCCGAAUAACAUACUAUUCUUUAGUAUAACAUUCUUUCAUACACCAUUCUAACAUUUGAUUAAAGUUGAGUAGCCUAUCUAAUACAUUUUCUAAAUAACAUUAUAAUAUUAUUUAUUUUAAAUUUCUUUCAAGCACAUCAGAUAUUUGUUGUCAAGCUCAUGUGAAUUGAAUUAGCUCAUAAGAAUUUGAUAAAAUUCAGUAAUAGCAAUGCCGAGGGAAUAACUCAAGAUGUUCCAAUUUUUGUAUCAAUAUCAAAAUAUGAAUAUUAUCAAUCAACUAUAUUAUACAGGUUCAGGUAAAAUCAUGACCAUGUGAUGAUUCUAAACAGUAUCUUGUAUAUUAUGGCGUAUAUGAAGUAGCUUAUUAUCAAUAGCAAAUUAUUCAAACAAACUACUGGAUUGUCAUUUAUAUUGUUCAAUUUUCAUGUAUUACAGAUGGGGCAUUUAAUUUGGGAUUUCGUUCAAUAAUAAUUAUUUUAUGCCUCUAAAUGCACAUGAAACUGCACGUAUUUUUAAUUUCAAAUUUAGAUACAGUUGGAGAUCUUAUUCUUGCCUAUAGCCUAAUUGCUUUCUUAUGUAUUGAUAGAAAUUUAAAGUUUGUACAUAAUGUAGGCUAUGUAAUUAAAAUAUUUUUCUGUUAUGAGAAGAUCUGUUUAUAUGUUUUUAAAAGCAAAUAAAUGAAGUUAUAACCUA